AUGGCGACCACCAAUGAGUUAUCGAUGAAGCUCCUGAUCGACACCAAGUCUCAGAAGGUGUGCUUUGCCGAGGCCGGCAGCGACGUCGUGGAGUUCCUCUCCGGCCUCCUCUCCCUGCCGCUGGGCACCGUGACCACCCUGCUCACCAAAGAGCGCAUGGUGGGCAGCAUCGGCAACGUGGUCGGCAGCAUGGAGAAGCUGGACGCAAACUACAAGAGCAAGGAGCUGCGCCUCAGCCCGGAAGUUGGCCCUGCCAUGCUCUCCCGCCUGCAGCAGCUGCUGAGCGCGCAGCUCACCAACGGCGAUGUCACACACCGUAACACUAGAAACUCGUACAAUGAGCAUAGCAGUGAAUACGCGGCCGCGAUGCUCGCCCCCGCCAGAGCCUACGGGAACGUGGCUCCCGCCGCAGCAGCCACGACCACGGUGCUACCUGCGUCCACAUACACGGUCCGGGACGACCUCUCGGUGACGCCGGCGUCUUUUUUCACGACGAUCCCUAUGCUGGGCAUCACGCGGUUUGCACAGUGCGGCGUCAAGGACUUCAGCGUGAUGCAGGAGAAGACAGUGAAGAUCGGCAAGGAAGAGGCGCUGGGAAUACUCGCUACUUCCCUCAAGUCGAAGACCGUCCUGACUGACGUCUUCCUGCCGAAGAAGAAUGCUCGCUGCAAGAGAGAACCUCCUGAGGAAGUCAUUCAGUUAUGA